UAAAAGAUAAUGAGAUAUAAGUUAGAACAAUUAAUCAAUGGAACAACUUGCCUCCAGAAGUUGUGAAUGCUCCAACACUGGAAAUUUUUAAGAAGAGGUUGGAUAACUAUUUGUCUGAAGUGGUAUAGGUUUCCUGCCUGGGCAGGGGGUUGGAUUAGAAGACCUCCAAGGUUCCUUCCAAUUCCAGUAUGAUGGAAGUUUGAACAACUUUGGGUGAAAAUACUAUUACAUUUGGCCAACAGGCAAAAGCUAUAAACGUGUAAAUUUUCAACCUGUCAGAAGAGAUGAUAAUGUGAAGUCAAAUAAUGAUUAAUUUUUAGACCAACAUAGCGCUUCAUACCAGAUGUCUCAAGGAAACCUGCACAACUUAAAAGAGGUGUUCAUUUCUUCCAGCAACUUACUUCCUCUGGAAAAUAGGAGUAGCACAUAAACAUGACAGUUGGUUGUAUUUUCACCCCAUUCAUUUGUUGAAUCCUUCUUUAAAGACAUAUUGUGGUGUGAGUAGAGAAGAAAACGGAUGAUGGUAUGAAAGAAUCACCUUAUAAUGCAAACACAGUUAGAAUAUAGUAUAUUUGGUAAAAAUGGCAAAGACUAAGUAAGUUUAAUGAUCAUAGUUCCCAUCAUGCGGGCAUAUUCCCUUACCUUCUAAAAGGCUUGUCCAUUCUUUGGACAAAAUGUUUUGGUGAUGCUUGAGUUUUUUAAAGGAAUCAUAACCAAUCUGUCUUCAUAAAGAUGUGUCUGGGUAAUUCCAGAUUAGAAAAACAGCAUUACAGCAUUAAUCAGCCACUAAAACGAUAGUCUGAAUUUUAGAUCCUAUCAUUUCCUGCCAAGAAAUUAUUAUAGUUGGACAUCUGGAGUCCUCAAGCUGGGAAAAUUUCCUGUGAAUAUUUACUCAGCAAUACAUCUCACUUUUUAAAUGUUCUGGGAAGUCAUCAGUGAUGAGCAUGGGAUCGACACCACGGGAAAUUAUCACGGUGAUUCACCAUUGCAGCAGGAAAGAAUUAAUGUGUAUUUCAACGAAGCUUACUCUCAUAAGUAUGUUCCUCGUGCUGUCCUGGUGGACUUGGAGCCUGGAACAAUGGACAGUGUGCGGUCAAGCAAAAUAGGUCCUCUCUUUCGGCCGGAUAACUACGUUCAUGGAAAUUCAGGUGCUGGUAACAAUUGGGCAAAGGGUCAUUAUACCGAAGGGGCCGAAUUGAUUGAAAAUGUGAUGGACAUCGUGAGGCAUGAAUCUGAAGGAUGCGACUGCCUCCAGGGCUUUCAGCUUGUCCAUUCUCUCGGAGGUGGGACAGGCUCUGGAAUGGGCACCCUUCUGAUUAACAAGAUCAAAGAAGAAUAUCCUGAUAGGAUCAUGAACACGUUUAGCGUAGUGCCUUCACCCAAAGUUUCGGACACUGUUGUUGAACCGUACAAUGCCAUCUUAUCAAUCCACCAGCUUAUAGAAAACACAGAUGAAACCUUCUGCAUUGACAAUGAAGCCUUGUAUGACAUCUGCUUUAGAACACUGAAGCUCCCCACACCGAGUUAUGGAGAUCUAAACCACUUGGUGUCCCUCACCAUGAGUGGCGUCACAACCUCACUUCGUUUCCCUGGCCAACUCAAUGCCGAUUUGAGAAAGUUGGCGGUCAACAUGGUGCCUUUCCCCAGACUUCAUUUCUUCAUGCCAGGAUUUGCUCCACUAACAGCUCGGGGCAGUCAACAAUACCGAGCUUUGUCAGUCCCAGAACUUACACAACAGAUGUUCGAUGCUCGGAAUAUGAUGGCGGCUUGCGACCCACGUCACGGGCGGUAUUUGACAGUGGCCUGCAUCUUCAGAGGCCACAUGUCUACGAAGGAAGUGGAUGAGCAGCUAUUGGCUGUGCAGACUAAAAACAGCAGUCACUUUGUGGAAUGGAUCCCCAACAACGUUAAAGUGGCCGUCUGUGACAUACCUCCUCGUGGGCUAAAAAUGUCUGCCACCUUCAUAGGCAAUAACACGGCCAUUCAGCAGCUCUUCAGCCGCAUCUCUGAUCAGUUCUCAGCAAUGUUCAAAAGAAAAGCAUUUCUCCACUGGUACACUGGUGAAGGGAUGGAUGAAAUGGAAUUUUCUGAGGCAGAAGGCAACACCAAUGACUUGGUUUCCGAAUACCAGCAGUAUCAGGAUGCGAAAGCCGAUAUAGAAGAAUAUGAGGAAGUGGAGGAGGAAGUCACGGAAGAAGAAAAGGAAACAGCUCAAAUGGAAAAGCAAUGACUGACUUUUGGUCUUUAAAAAUAACAAAACUUUAUUAAUAUAAUAUGCCGAUUGUUAUCACUUAAGGUGGCCGGAUACUCUCCGAAAAGGAACGGAAAUCAAACGAAGGAACAACCAUUACUAUCCAUUAAGCCAAGUUCUAUCUAACUUUUUUUUUAUUUAAAUGCAUUGCAGAACUAACCCAACGGCUUAGUGUUUAAGAGUUUGACCUUAGGCAGUAAGUAUUUCCUCUGAAUCAGUGCCUUCACUAAGUAUUUUAAAUAAAGAAGCAAAGCUAAGCAUAUGACAUGCUAAAUUAACAGGGCAGAAAAUGUCAUCAGUCAACUUAUAGGUUUUGAUGUAUGUCUCUAGAACAACAUGUCUUAACUUCGGCAACUUUAAGGUAUGUGGACUUCAACUCCCAGAAUUCCCCAGCCAAUGCACACAACUUAAGGUUGCCAAGGUAGAAAUACACUGACUUUAGAACCUUGUACUUGAAUGUGCCAGCCAGCUUAUUUUGUUUAUUAUGGAGAACGACCACUUCGAUUCCCAUUUGUGUUUCUAAUAUAUUUAAGCUUUUGCAGAUUUAAGAUGAGCAGCCUAAUGAAUAUAAGCUCUAACGUAAACUGUUAACAAGAGAUUAAAAAUUAUUACCCCUUAAAUCAUUUAGCUGACCUACAUUUUAUGUGAACUUUUGCAUCUAUUAAUUGGACAGAUGUUCCUUUCACUGGAUCAGCUCUCCCUCACAAGGCAAGAAAAUAAGAAUGAUGCUGCCAGAUGAAAUCGAAUGGUCCAAAGCUCCACCAGCUAAACAUUCUGGAAAGGGUUCAACAACCCUUACCCUUAUCUACAAACAUGUCCAUUGCAUUUGAACACAGCGGUUUUAUUUAACCAUGAUGGUUUAAAGCUAUUGAUGGAUCCUGUUCUUAUUAAUUUACCCAAUCACUCAAGGAGUCUAAAAAUGAUGGAUUAUUUUCAUUUUGAAUCAAUUAAGGUAACACAUUGGGCGCCGCGAUAGCACAGUGGUUAAGAUGCUGGGCUUGUCGGUUGGAAAGCUGGCAACCCAGUUCAGGAAGAGUUCAGUUCCACGUGAUGGGGUGAGCUCCCAUCCUCACUUCAGCUCCUGCUAACUUAGCAGUUCGAAAGCAAGCAAAUGUGAGUAGAUAAAUAGGUACCCCGUCGGUGAGAAGGUAACAGCACUCCAUGUCAUGCUGGCCAAGCAACCACGGAAAUGUCUUUGGAUAAUGCUGGCUCAAUGGCCUUGAAAUGGAGAUGAGCAUCACACACCCCCCAUAGUUGGCAAUGACUAGCAGAAUAAAAUCUCCUUUACCUUUUUAUCUUUUUUAGUGUAACACAUUACAGCUAGUCCUCAACUUACGACUAUUCAUUUAGUGACUAAAGUUAUGGCAGCAUUGAAAAAAAGUAACUUAUGACUGGUUCUCGCAUUUAUGAUUGUCAUAGUUCCCUGCAGUCAUAUGAAUAAUGGUGGAUUUACUUAUCAACCACGGUGAUUUGCUUAAUGGCAGCAAAAAAGUUGGAAAAUUGAGCACAACUCCCUUACCAACGAAUUCCUUUAACAAGAGAAGUUCCAAUGCCAACUGUGGUUGUAAAUGCAGACUAUCUGUCUGUAUUAUGUGAAUACUUUUUGUGCUUUGAAUGUACUGUAAGUUAUAGUUCAUUGUAACUCACUCCCAAAUAUCAACAUGGAAUUAAGAUGACUACCUAACACUACCAAUGUCAUUGCUAAGAAGCUCAGUGGGCAGAGCAGGGCCAGAGUUGAUACUUUAAAUUACCCAUUUUAUACUAAUUCGCUUGCAAAAUUCACUAAACCAAAUCUGCUUUGAGAAUUCAGCCGUAGUUAAAAGAAUAAAUACAUCCAUUUAGAAGAAUAAAUGCAUUUUGGGAAAGAGGAAGUACUGCUUAAUGUAUCAGUACAUAUUCAAUGUAAAGUAUGCAUGUGUAUAUAUGGAAUUAUACUUCGUAUUAGUAUAUAUGUGUACACACACACAUAUACACGUGUUGGUGUGUACUAUGUAUGUGUAAAAAUUGAAUUUUCAUUGGUUUGAGCAAAAGUCCUGAAAUCAUAUGUACAUAUUUUCCUUUUAAAAUGUGAUAGCAUUAUUUACAAGAUUAUUAGCUAUAGGGUUCGUAUAUAGGAGAACCGGUACCAGGCUACAAAAUGUGAACUCUAGUCCCACUUUAGGCAUAAAAGCUGGCUGGGUGACUUUCAGCUAGUCACUCUAUCUUAGCCCAACCCACCUCACAGGGUUUUUGUGGGUAAAAUAGGAGGAAGGAGUGUAUGUUCACCGCCUUGAGUUACUUAUAAAAAUAAGGAAACAGGAUAAAAGAAAUCAAAACAAAAUUUCAUUCAUAGGACAGAAAAUGUAUUGUAUAAUAAAUCUAUUGGCCUUUUAAGUUGUUAUAGGACUCUACUAGUUUUUCUACCAAAGACUUUUCAAGGGAACUUUCUUGUAAUUGCUUAUAAAAAUACCAGUAAGUUUGCAUUUAUCAACUUCAUGUUAAGAUGUUCUAAAUGACAUGCUGGCAGCAGAUGAUGGAAAUUAACACAUCUCAAAAAGGUACCAAUUAUGAUAAGCUAGAGGCUCAAGAAAUUAUAGAAACAAAAACCUGGAGACCUGGUCAUAGAGGUCAUCUGGUUUAGGUUUUUCCUCUGUGUAGCAUCCAAUAAUUACUUUAAACCAGGGCUGUCAAACUCCCGGCCUGCGGGCCAGAUGCAUUACCCGCUGGGCACACCCACUCCUGGUUUAGCGAAAGGAAAAAAAGUCCCAAUACGUCAUGUGACACUGCAAUGACAUGAGUUUUACACCCUGUUUUAAACAGUAGCAUUAUAUAAAACAUUACACUAAACCAGCUUUCCCCUCUACAAGUCAGAUGCUGCCAGCUACAGUAUUAAUAUGCAUUUCUUUUUAUCUUGCACUUUUGCUGAUAGUGUGUUGUGCAGAUUUCUGUUGAAUGUUUAUACAAAAUAUGAGAAUCUCCAUAGACGUACAAAAUAUUUAUUUUCCUAUAGUAUAAAACUGAUUUUGCUAGCAGAAAAAUGGGAGAAAGAUUUCUCUUAGCUGCCAUUUACUUUACUCGCAUCAUUUUCAUUUUAUUUAAGCUACUGUUGCAAGUAUUAUACAAAAUCCAAUAAAAUGAGAUUAAACAGAAUUUGUAUCCAUUUCUAUGAAUUAAAACACGUCUUGCGGUUUACAAUGUUAAUUGGUACAAAUUAAAUUUUUUCACCAUUCUUCAAAGGUUUCAGAAUAGGUUAUCACUUAUAGAAGUGCAAACAUUCCCAAUUUCCCUUCUUUUUAAGUCCUCAACCAAUCUAAAGAAGAUUUUUUUUUUGUUUUGUUUACAUUUAUACCCCGCCCUUCUCCGAAGACUCAGGGCGGCUUACAAUGUAUAGGGCAAUAGUCUCAUUCUAUUUGUAUAUAUUCACAAAGUCAACUUAUUGCCCCCCCAACAAUCUGGGUCCUCAUUUUACCUACCUUAUAAAGGAUGGAAGGCUGAGUCAACCUUGGGCCGGGCUCGAACCUGCAGUAAUUGCAGGCUUUGUGUUCUUAAUAACAGGCCUUACCAGGCAGAGCUAAACCGGCCCCUAAGGAUAGUGUUACUUUCUUCAAAUGCACCUUAUGUAGUUGUGGUUGAAAUGUUCAAUUUUUGUUUCAUCAAUCCAAACCAUUUCUUUCCAAAAGGUUUCAAAUUUAUCAACAUUUUCUUCUGCAAAAUUCAGUUGCAGAAUUUGGGAAGGAAACCAGAUAUCUCUCCCAUACAGAUCACUGUUGGUGAUCCAUGGUGCAACUAACUUAUUGAAUUUAUAAACUGCAUGCAAAAAAACCCGUGCAUUCAAAUGUAGGGGAAAAAAUCAUUUUAAUUCUGUGCCAUGUAGCAGUUGUGGCAACUUUUCUUUUCUUGGGAAUUCACCGAAACAUACAAAUACAAGCGCUCCAUGGCUUAGGGCCUGGGUACUUACGGGACCGCCUGCUGUUACCACAUGCCUCCCACCGACCCGUACGCUCUCACAGAGAGGGACUUCUCAGGGUGCCGUCCGCCAAGCAAUGUCGGCUGGCGGCCCCCAGGGGAAGGUCCUUCUCUGUGGGGGCUCCCACACUCUGGAACGAGCUUCCCCCGGGCUUACGCCAAAUACCUGACUUUCAGACCUUUCGCCGCGAACUGAAGACAUAUCUUUUCAUUCGCGCGGGGCUGGCUUAAAUUUUAUUGAUUUUAAAUUUCCUACCACUAAUUUUUAAAAUGGGGUUUUAGUUUUUAUAUAUUUUUAAAGUUUCAGGCCAAUUAUAAUAAGUUUUUUUAAAUUUGCAUUUUAAACUGUAUAUUGUAUUGUUUGUUUUUAUUUUGCCUGUA